UAGCGGAAAGGGAGGAAGCGCAUGCGCAUAGGCGUAUUUUCGCGGUAAAAUGAAACGGGCUUCCUUCACUUCUGACCAAAUAUCCUAAUGACGUUUGCUCUCAUAGUUAAAUUAAAAUUUGUAGUUAUGUCGAAGUGUCUAUUUCCAAAGAUUGGAUUGCUGCUAUGACUUCCGAUUGACGCAACUGCUAGUCGCUUAACCAUUACCUCGAAUUGUGCCCUUACUUGUCGCUCUUGUUUUCCUCGUCGACUCAAGAACGUACAACAAUGUCACAGGUAACAUCAGAAGACUUGAAAUCAGAACUCGAAAUGUUCUGCAUAGCUUGUAACGAUGACUCCGCCUUGGACAAAAUGGUAGAGCAAUGCGUUUGCAGCAGGAUCCAAGCAGAUGAGUGGGUUUUGGAGUGGGUUGCGUACAGCACCACUAAAAAUGGACUGUUGCUUUCUGUGGACACCCUGGAACAAUUUGAACACGAGGUGUUAAACAAGAGGAUUAAAUCCAAACAAAGCUUCAAGAGAGAAGAGCGAAACAGACCUAGAGACAUUAAGACAAUACAGGAUAUUAUAAAAGCUGAAGAAGAAGAGGAUAAUCUACUGGACUGCUACUCUACUCCUGCAAAGGGCUCCCAGAAACGAAUGCUAACCACUCCAGAAAAUCCCCAUUCAAAGAGGAGCUCAGCCUUGUUGGCCAGUCCCGGUGUCCUGCUAUCUCCUUUGUCCUUUUCUCCCAGUGCUACUCCCUCACAGAAGUACAGCCAACGUGGAGGGAAAGGAGAGGUGGUGGUCUCGUUUGGGGCUGUGCAGGGUACACGUUGGGCUGGCAGGAGGGCUUCUGAUGCAGUGAUGCAGCUGGAGCUGCUGGAAGGGCCGGAGAAUUCUCUCCGUUGCAGCUACAAGUACAUGUUCCAGAGACUGCGUGAUAUUCGGAAUGUGUUGACUGAGAAGAUUGAGGAUCUGGGAGAAGCACUCAGGUCACAUUUCAACAUUGAAGAGUUUUCUCCAGUCUCACUGCCAGCGCAGGACCAUAUUUCAGUUUUGGGUCAGGUGUGCUGUGACAGUAAUGGCAAAUUGAACGCACAGUCCGUUUUGUUGGAAGCGGGACAAGAGCAAGGUGGUCAGCAAGUCCGUGUGGACCUGUCGGAGCUCCAGGAGUAUUCCCUGUUUCCUGGCCAGGUGGUGGCAAUGGAAGGAAUGAACACAACGGGACGUAAACUGGUGGUUUCUAAACUCUAUGAGGGAGUCCCACUUCCCUUCUACUCAUCAGCAGGGAAAACCGAGCCGGCUGAAGAGCCUGUCAGUGUGCUUGUAGCUUGUGGCCCUUACACACCUUCUGACAGCCUGAACUUUGAACCUCUCCUGGACCUGAUCCAUGUUAUUGGAAGGGAUCGCCCUGACAUCUGCAUACUUCUGGGCCCUUUUGUUGACUCUAAACACGAACAAAUUGAGAAAUCCCAGGUGACUGAGCCUUUUGAGGCCAUUUUCUCAAGAUGCAUCGAAAGCAUCGUGGAAGGCACAAAAUCUGUCGGCUGUCGCCUGGUGUUUGUUCCCUCCCGGAGAGACGUCCACCAUCAUUACAUCUACCCACAGCCACCCUUCACCAUGCCCAACCUCAGCAAGAACCCACGGGUGACCCUCGUUCCUGAUCCUUGCACCUUGCUGAUUGAGGGUGUGACCUUUGGCUUGACCUCCACUGACAUUCUGUUCCACUUGGGUGCGGAGGAGAUCAGCUUUGGCACUGGACCGGACAGAUUUUCUCGAAUUCUGAAGCACAUACUGACGCAGAGAAGUUACUACCCGCUGUACCCACCUGUUGAGGAUGUGAACAUGGACUAUGAGAAAUUCCAGAGUUUCGGUCAGAUGCCACUCACACCAGACGUUCUCCUCAUUCCAUCUCAGCUACGCUACUUUGUUAAGGAUGUCAUUGGCUGUGUAUGUGUCAAUCCCGGACGCCUGACCAAAGGCCAUGUGGGUGGAACCUAUGGAAGGCUGCUUAUUCAAUGCGCCGCCUCAUCAGAUGACGACAAGAGACGAGUCAGCCGCUGUUUGGCGGCUCAGGUUGUGAAGAUUUAACUGAAAUAAGGACUAAUAAUACAAAUGUAAGCCUCUUUCAAACCAACCACCUGGCCUUCUGAAAACCAUUCAACAGAUGUUUUUUCCAUAAAGUACUGGGGUAGUCUGAUCAUCUUUUGACACUGUGCUGUUCUGACCAUCCAGCAGCAAUGAAUCAAAAAAGUUACCUGUAUGAGAGUUUUUGUGUAUAAAGUUUAUACUCUAUGACUGCAACAUUAGGUUAUACGUACAACAUGUGUGAGAAUUCUGUCUAAAUGCCACCGAUUUAUAUUUGCUUUUUUAGUCUGGGGGAGGGAGGAGGGGGGGUCAAGUUGUUCAGCAGUGGAUACUACAAUCAAAACAAAACAAUUAUUUUUGUAAUGUAAUUUUUUUAACCAGUUGUGUUUUUGAUCUCAUUAGAGCCUGAAAUGUUUCAAAUGGGGCAAGUAAAUGAAUAGCCUCCCCUUACAUCCAGGCAAAGUAGCUACUGGUAAAUUUGUGUUGUCAUAUUGACAAGCUCGUCCAGGAGUUUCAACUACACACUCAACAUAUUUCAAUAUCUCUUUAGAACUGACUACUACCACUAUCCUUUUGAUCAAUUAUAGAAUUUCAACCCUUUUACAAAAAAUGGAUGAUACCACUUUGUUUGCAUAGCUACAGUACAACAACAUGAGAUCACACAUACUUUUUAGGUAGGUGGGCUCCUUAUAGGAUAAGAGCGUUGGGAAAAUAUAAAUAAUAGCAAUCAGUCAUAAAAAUGGUCAAACUCAUCAGAGUCGCUUUGCCGAUCUGUGUGUUUCUCCUCGGAAAAUGUCCAUGUUGCAGGUUACUGGAAAGUAAACAAAGCCUGAAUGAACCUCCGCAAACUAUUAAGUUUGCAUUUUGGCUUAAUUUUUGUGAUGAUACCUUUGCUGGUUGUACUUUUCGGUUCUUCGACUGCUUUUUCUCUGUAAAAUAAAAUAUGGAGGUAGAUUCAUUGAACAAUG